CUGUGAGGGAGAAGAGAAGUCAAAGGAAAGCAUGACCAAAACUUGGCACUUUCCUUGUGAAAGGAAUCAGCACAUUGGCAUCACCAUUUCCUUACGUGACAUAUUGGACUGUAAGAAACUUCAAAUGAACCUUCAUGAAACCCUGCUUUGACCGUCGUGCGUUCGAUCCAAUCAUGCAUGGAGUUGCACCGAAGACGUCGUCUCACGUACAUGCCAACUGCGAUCUCGUGGUCUUCACUGCAGCAGUAAAACACCGCCAUAGAGCUUCCCAGCAAUUUCGCUUCAUUUCAAUUCCUUGACCAAACAACUUCUCCUAUAUAUUGCUUCUCAUCUCCAUGAAGAAGAAGAAGAAGAAGUUGUAGUAGUAGCAGCAGCUCCAAGAAGAAGAGAGAUGGGGAAUGGCUUGAGCGGGAAGAAGCGAACCAUAACGGUGAUGAAGAUAGACGGCACCACCUUGAAGCUGAAGGCUCCGGUCCAGGCCGAGGAUCUGCUCCGAGACUACCGGGGCUACGACCUCCUCGAGUCCGAGGCGGUGAAGCAGCUCGGGGUUGGAGCCCGGCCGCUUGCUCCCGACGCCCCGUUGCACCCCGGGAAGCUGUACUUUCUCGUGCAGCUCCCCCGGGCGCCGGAGCAGCGAGCCCCGCGGAGGGCCUGGUCCGGGGGGCUGCCCGUGAGCGCCAGAGAGCGGCUGGAGAACCUCGCGUUUACCCGCCGGACCAUGUCGGACGUCUCGGUCGCCGGUAGGCCGUCGCGGGUCGAGGCGGAGGAGGGUAGCGAUGGCACGGUCCGCCUCAGGUUGAGGAUUCCGAAGGCCGAGAUGGAGAAGCUGUUGCAGGAAAGCAAGAACGACACUGAGGCGGCGGAGAAGAUUAUGGUGCUGUGUGUGGCGAAGAAUGGUGGCGCGCCGAAGCUGCCGGCGAUGGAAACUGGCCAGAAGGAGAAGCGAGCAAGGUUUGCUGCCAUGCCAGCUGAGAUUAUUGCUUAACGAAGAAGCAAGUGAAGGGGAAGCAGAUCACCAGGUCAUGGUUUCCAAUUGUGGAGACUGAAACUUGUGGGUGGAACCUGAGAAGCUGCUGAUGGUUUCCAAUUCCUACCAAAUUUAUAGCUUUCAUUUUUAUUCUUCUGGUUAUUUGAUUCUUUAUUAGUGCCCAAAUAAAUGUAAUCUCUAUUUCUAUCAACAACAAGACUUGCCUUUUCUCUCCACCGUGCUCUACUGUCAUGGCACUUCUCUUCUCGGUACGUAUGAAUGUAACUCCCCACAGCUGAGAGAGAGAGAGAGAGAG